GUUGUAAAGAGCGAGUGGAGGCAGCAGCCAAUCAGAUCGCUCCAUUUCGGACCGGAAGCUGUGUUGUUUACAUUUUCUAAGAUGGCGGCGGGGAUGUAUUUGGAGCAUUAUUUGGACAGCAUAGAAAACUUGCCCUUCGAGCUGCAGAGAAACUUCAAUUUGAUGAGGGAUCUAGAUCAACGCACAGAGGAUCUAAAGGGACAGAUAGACUCUCUGGCUAAAGAGUACACAGCCAACGCCCGGACUCUGUCCUCUGAACAAAAGCUGUCCAUCCUGAGGCAGAUUCAGCAGUCUUACAGUAAAUGCAAGGAGUUUGGAGAUGAUAAGGUGCAACUGGCCAUGCAGACCUAUGAGAUGGUCGACAAACACAUCAGACGUCUUGACACAGACCUGGCUCGGUUUGAGGCUGACCUGAAGGAGAAGCAGAUCGAGAGCACGGACUAUGAUUCCACCUCUAGUAAGGGGAAGAAAGUUGAAACCAGACAGAAGGAAAAGAAGACAGCUAAAACAAGGUCUAAAGUGAAGAGUUCAGAUGAAGAUGGCAGUCCUAAGACUGCACAGAAGAAAGUCAAACUUCUCCAGCCAGGUGAAUUCAACAGCCCUGCCACCAACUUCGGGAAUGUGCACCCAUCUGAUGUGCUGGACAUGCCCGUGGACCCCAACGAGCCCACCUACUGUCUGUGUCAUCAGGUCUCUUACGGCGAGAUGAUCGGCUGUGACAACACUGAUUGCUCCAUUGAGUGGUUCCAUUUUGCAUGCGUGGGCCUGACAACCAAACCAAGAGGCAAAUGGUAUUGUCCACGAUGCUCUCAAGACAGAAAGAGAAAAUAAAAACAGCUGGAACAAAACGUGGACACAGAUCAGAUAGAAAAUGAGAAGAAUAUUUCUUCAUUAGUUACUAGAAUUUUUUGUUUCUCAUCUUACUUAACAUUUGGUGCUUUUUCUUUUGGUUUACGUAAUUUGCCUUGGUCUGAUGCAGUGCGUGUGAAGGAGCCAAGUGAUUACAAAUGUAUUUAAAUAUUGAUUUUUUCUUUUUUUUUAAACGGUUAACUUUUUUUUUUUCGUUGCCUUUGGUGCUCUUAUUGUGAUUUAUUUUUUAACAUUUUGUUUUUUACGAGUGAAUAAUAAACACUACAACUGCCCCUUAUGGUUUAACAGCCCAAGUUGUCACAAUACUUUAUACUAUAUUCACAUGUACGACUACAAAAUUUAAGUAUUUUCUCUGAAAACAGUUAGGCCAUGGAUACUUUUUUUUGCUUUGUUGUAUAGUUAGUUUCUUGUGCUUAGCCUUGGAACACUAGUUUUAAGUAUAACAAGAGGGCAAAAGAACACGAAGACGAAUGCUGCAUCCUGACAGUAUUAGUCGUCUGUGGGUAGUGAGUUUAAACCAUUUCAUUUUAACAUUUGAUUGAGUGCUGUAUAGAAAGUAAGACAUUUCGUGAAAAGUAUUGUCAUCUCUGUAGCUGAAACAUUGGUACAGUGGAGAGGGGGUGAUUGUGUUGUCAAUCAUUUGAAUACAGCUACUACCUCAAAAAAAA